UGGUACCCUCACGAUGCAUUUAUUGACUGUGAGACGGAACAUCAACAAGGCGCAGGAUAAGCAGAGGGAGAGCUACCGGAGGAGAAUCAAGGUGAGACGGAACAUCAACAAGGCGCAGGAUAAGCAGAGGGAGAGCUACCGGAGGAGAAUCAAGGUGAGACGGAACAUCAACAAGGCGCAGGAUAAGCAGAGGGAGAGCUACCGGAGGAGAAUCAAGGUGAGACGGAACAUCAACAAGGCGCAGGAUAAGCAGAGGGAGAGCUACCGGAGGAGAAUCAAGGUGAGACGGAACAUCAACAAGGCGCAGGAUAAGCAGAGGGAGAGCUACCGGAGGAGAAUCAAGGUGAGACAGAACAUCAACAAGGCGCAGGAUAAGCAGAGGGAGAGCUACCGGAGGAGAAUCAAGGUGAGACGGAACAUCAACAAGGCGCAGGAUAAGCAGAGGGAGAGCUACCGGAGGAGAAUCAAGGUGAGACGGAACAUCAACAAGGCGCAGGAUAAGCAGAGGGAGAACUACCGGAGGAGAAUCAAGGUGAGACGGAACAUCAACAAGGCGCAGGAUAAGCAGAGGGAGAGCUACCGGAGGAGAAUCAAGGGGACACGUGCUUCAACAUCCGGGCGAAUGACUUGGUUUGGAAGAAGGACGAAAGGACGAAAGGAAGGAGAGACCUGGGAAACCUCGUUGCUCUUUCGCUCCUAGCUGGGGUCAUCAUCCGUUAAGAUGAAUGUGCAUGAAUUUCUCUGUCCAUCGUGACUGUCAUUUGUUUUGUCUGAUGUUUUCCCCACCCUUGUUUUCACUGCUUGGCUGGCUCCCCACCUCAAGACAGUAGAUAUUUUGCUACAUUGGAUCAUGUUGUAAAUGGUAUGUUAUUGUAAAUAAAUAAACUUUU